AUGUUUUUAUAAUAACAUAGAAAAAAAUCUCAACCUUCUCUGGUUGCUUAUUAUGAAUUCAAAAUCCAGGAAAUCGGAAGCUACCCUUCCCAAAGAGUCAUAAUUACAGAACAGAACACAAAAAACUAUGCUAAUUUGAGAAUUGGUACACCUAGUCCCAUUGGUUGUAAAAGUAGAAUCAAGACUCUACCUCCACUAAAAAAAGAAAAAGUCAUCCCAUUUGAACACGAUUAUAACACUGCUUAUAGAACAGUGUUUAGCCAAAGAAAUCUUGUCAAUCUAAUGGGUGGAAAAAACAAAUGA